GGUGGCUUGCGCCUGGUGGGUUACAAAGGCUCGCGGCACUACAGACCUACUUUGCCUUCUUUCACUGUGCCACGAGAUAUCAAACCAACAUUUGUCUACGCUUCGAUCGCCUUCUAUAAGACACUAACCACAAUGGAGACACAAAGGAAUGGAAACAAUUUGUCUUCUUUAGGCGAGGACGACUUGGAUGUGAGAAACUCGGGACACAGUGCGGACAAAACCACUAAUAACAGAGUGUUGCCAUUUUCUAUCGAAGCAAUUCUCAGCGCCCCGCAUCCAAAGAAACAUUCAUCAGUUACAAGGAAAAUGCCUCGUUGGUCUUCACAAGGAACCUCUACGGAAUCACCUCCAGCUAUUUUAACUCUGGAGGACUUUACAAGCAGCAAUUUACCGAACGAUAGAUCUGAAGAACCAGAAACCGCCGAAAUAGGUUCAAGGAACCUUCAGCAAAAGCUUAUGGCAUUUCAAGCAAGACUCAACGCCAGAAAACGUAGAAAAGCGAGAACAUGCUUCACGAAUCAACAGAUAUUUGAGCUUGAGAGACGAUUUGUUUACAAGAAGUACCUAUCCCCUUCGGAUAGAGACGAAAUUGCACAUUCUCUGGGAAUUUCUGGUGCACAAGUAAUCACAUGGUUCCAGAACAGAAGGGCGAAAUUUCGACGGGAUCUUGAGGAACUCAAAAGCGACGUUCAAGCAGCGAAGAUUAUGGACAAUAAGCAAGUGAACCGACUGUGCAAGCGUUUGGAAAUUUAAUGUCUUACAAGGUGGUUCAAUUGACACAUUCAGGUUUCUUCCGGCACUCUGCAGUCUUAUAUGUGCAUAAUCCACCUAAUGCAACAAGUAAGCGCUCGUUUUGUUCUUGUAUACUCUUUUGCAGAAUCCAUUUUCUCAAAACACGGAUUUUCUUUUACGGACACUGAACCUGAAAUUUGGAAAUUUCCUGCCUCAAGUACGGAAAUUGUUUUACUCAAAAGCGACUCUCUCCUAUCAAAGAUCAAAGAGACUACUUGUUGAGUUUGUAGUAGACAGCUUGCGCCUCUUUAGUUGGCUUUUUAAUGAGUCUGUUGAAGAAAUCUUCUUAAAUAACAUGAUUUGUCUCAAGGUUAAAUACUCUGGUUAGGCUGUACCGGCCACAUUCAUAAAUCACUGAAUGCAGUGACACAUCUAAAGUAAGAUGCUAAAUGAACGAUAAAUCAACUGGCUGUCUACUUAUCCAACUUCACAGAGUCGGUCGGCUUCACUGUCGAAUGAAAGGUCAGGGACAAGAUCCGGAUAUUGCGUUUUAAAAAUCUAGCGUGGUUAAAAAUUGUAUGCCUGCGUUUCGUUUGCUUUCCUCCACUCGAAUUUUAUUGGUUUAUCAUUGUAUAAUUUCUUCAAAUCUAGCAUGUGUACUUUAUGCAAGACGGUGUCAAAAGAUAAAACAGUAAACCAGAGCAUCAUUCAUAGCUAAAAUUACGAAGGGUUAUAAAUAUUGCAUAUUUGUCAAGUUCAGCUUUUGGUGUGCAUGGAA